AUGGCAUAUCAAGACCCCGAAUUCUCUGCCUUCCAAGAAAACGAUGUGUUCGAGCACGAAAACGGACAGCGUAUCAAGCUCGUGUAUCAUAACGUCAAAAUCCAGGGCCGGCAAGAAAGAAGCAUUCGACCAUACAAUCCACCCCGAGAGAGUCUUCGGUUCCAACUUGCCGACGAAGAAGUAGACAGUAGCAAUUCCCUAUCUAAUCUCAGCCUCGCCACUGGCCCCAAAGAGAUGGAACUGCUGGUGGGAGGCAAGAGAGAAGGAGACUCAGCAGACCCCUGGAGAAACUGGAAGCUCCUUCGCCCCAAGCCCAGCUCUGACCCAAACGAGCCGACUGAGUUUGAGACUUUAGGCACUCUCAAUGACGUCCGCGCCUAUUGGAACAAUAGGUGGCCAGUACGACCAGUACCCGACGAAGGAGAUGCAGCAGGUCCAGACGACCAGAGUGAUGAAGAUCAGGCUCGAGGCAAGAAUACCAAGGGUCGUAAGCGCAGAUCUACACAAGGUCAAACCCGAAGAACUUCAGCUAGAGCUGGUUCGCUGUCUGGGACUGUUGGAUCUCGUCACAGUCAGUCUCUCCGACGCACGUCGACUCAAGCGCAGGCUUCGGCAUUUCAUGGCCCUCUUCUCGGUGGCGACACUCCUGGCCCCUUGCUUGCCCAGGAGCAGCAGUACGGAAGUCAACUCACAUACAAUACUCCGCAGACCUAUCCGCCUGUCAUUCCUCAAUUCGAUCCGCAGAAUUCUCAAGAGUAUACUCAGCAGUAUGGCGGCGAAGCAGCCUUCCAGCAGAGUACAUACGCCAGCGUACGCGGUCCCAUGGCGCCUCCUCCGCUCCACAGCUAUCAAUCGCAACUACAAAGACUCCCACAUGAUAUGCAGCAGACACCUUCUACUCAGCAUGCCGCGAGCUCGAGCUACGCCUUCGGAGGUGAUGCCUUAGUUGGAUCACAAAUGCCUCAGCAACCUCACUCCACCGUUGCACAGCAGCCUCCCGCACAGCAGCCACUCUACCAGCAACAGCUGCAGUCCUGGGACACUGACGAGCAGACUUACCAGCAGCAGCAACCUGGCAGCGGCAAUGAUAUUGGCGAAGAGGCAAAUGACGAGCAUACUUUUUGGUGA